CGCAAAACAAAAACAGAAAAUAGAAAGAAGCACAGAGAAAAGAAUAUUGGAAUAGCAAAUUAAGGAAAACAUUCUUCAUCAUCAUCCCUUCCAGUUUCCUAUCGUUUAGAAUCUCUGCGUGUCACUACACAUCAAAACAAAGAAAAGCCAAAAGUGGUGGAUGGCAAAAACCAACAAGUACGCCUCCAUCAACUUCAACCACAUCUACGAGAAAACCCCUUCCACCCAUCCCAACCACACCGCCAACAACAACAACAAACCCACCAAGAAUUCUUCUUCUUCCUCUUCGCCCUCUUAUUCUGCAAUCUCAUCACCCAAAACCCAUGGCCGCAUGUUGGUCCUGACCCGACCCACACCCACACCCACACCCAUACCCACCACCACCACCCCACCACCGAAGUCUCCCUCUCUGCAAACCCAACCACAGCGAUCCCAUCAAAUCCCAGGUCAGACCCCGUCUGAAUCCGGUUCGGACCACAUUUCUCUUCGUCCUUUGGGUCAUACCGGGACCAGCUCGCCGGUUUUAUCGCCGGUUCCUAGUUUGGAGAAGGAGAAGCAGGUGGUGAGUCCGGCUUUAUCGCCGAAACCUGGAAAGUUUGUGCCACCGCAUCUCAGGCCGGGGUUUGUGGGUAAAGAGGAGCGAUCUGUGCCGGAGGUGGGCCGGGGUAGGGACUCGGGCCGAAACAAUUUCGGGUCUCCGGUUCAGUACGUGGAGGAUGGGCGGCCCAAGUCGGGUGGUGGGUAUGACAGGAUCAGGAGGGAAGGUGAGUCGGAUCAGGGGAUGGUGAACCGGCCAAGGUCGAGUGGGAAUCUGCCGAGUUCGACCGGAUGAUUUGUUGAUAAUCGACUUCUUUCCUGGGGAUGAAGAUGGGAAUCACUUGAUAGAGCGGAUGGACGCCACAUAGUGACCAGCGGCAUCUCUUUGUCUCUGUUACUCACAUUGAUUUUCAGAAGAAUCAAAGGAAUUUUGAUUCAUGGAAGAUCAAACUCAACCAGUUGCUUACCUUUUCAACCCCAGAUGACAGGAUUUGUAUCAAGUUUUGAAGUGUUGUAUUGAAUAAGACCGGUGAUAAUAGCUUAAAAGUGUGUUUUUUUUCCUAUUAAAAUAAGCCUUAUCAUAUUUUAAUUUAUACUAAUUCUUGCAUUUUGUAUUUAA